ACAAAAAUAAUAACGCUUCACGUCCAGGUGUAUGGUCGCUGGGCGACGUGGACGGCACGUCAAUCUGUUAGCUGGGAAUGGUAGCUAACAAGCUAAACAGGCUAGUAAAUAUUCCUGUGAAUACGCUUUCCUGGUCUUUUUGAUAUUCCGCAUUUCGACACAAAGAGCUGCAGGACGGAUAUUUGUAACCAGAGCUGUCAUAGCCGCCAUUUUGUAGGGUUUGCAGUGUGAGGUGAUGUGGCUCUGAAGGAGUGUGUGAGUGAGUGUGUGUGAGUGUGUGUUUGGGGUGAUGGGUGCCAACACCAGCCAGGUGAGAGACCUGGCGGAGAGUCAGAGCAUCCGCACUCUGAUUGGUCCCGAGCCCAUUUCAGAGAACGAGCCCUUCUGGAACCAGCUCAUCUCAUUCACCUUCACCAGCCCCUCCUGCAGUGCCGAUGCCAAGCUCUUGGAGGAGGCGGUCAUCCCCCUCGCCAAAACUUUAAUCAAGAACAAUCCUAGAUCGGGGAACUUCGGCGCCUUGGUGAGAGUGUUCCUGGGAAGAACCAAAGAGCUGAAGAUCUCCACUGAAUGUCAAGAUCAACUGUUCAUCUGGCAGGCCCACAAUGCCCUGUUCCUGGUGCGCUGCUUGCUCAAAGUCUUCAUCAGAGACAUGAGUGAGGAAGAGCUGCACUUACAGUUCAGCUACCACACGAGGGCGCCAGGAUCCUGCGACAUGAGCAGUGAAGAUCUAAUGGAGGAACUGAUCUGUAACUUGGUUCAUCUCAUCGUGGAGGUGCCUCUCCUAGACAUCACUUACAACAUCCUGUUCGAGGCAGUGACCACCCUGCUGGUCCUGUUGUCCUAUCAGCUGUUCCACAAGGACAUUCUGAGGGAGGGGCAUAUCUAUCGGUGCCUCACCAGGGGGCGAUGUCUGUCUCUGACGAGUCGCUUGGUGAAGACUCUGCUGUAUAACUUCGUCCGGCAGGAGAAAUGUCCUCCACCUGCAGCACACAUCUUCCAGCCACAGGCAGACGGAGGAGGUCUGCUGUACGGCCUGGCCUCGGGGGUGGCCAGUGGAUUAUGGAGCGUAUUUACGUUGGGAGGAGCCGGCAGCAAACCUGGGGCGGAGCAGGAACACAACCCAUUACCGCUGUCCAAUCAGAGCCUGUUAUUACUGCUCGUCCUGGCCAAUCUGACAGACGGCCCCGACUGGCCGAACCCUUACAGACAAGCGAUCACCUGCUUCAAAAACACACAAGAUACGUCGUCUAUUCCCUCUCCGCAGCCGCACACAUUUCAGAUCAACUUUAACAGCCUGUACACGGCGCUGUGUGAGCAGCAGAGGUCGGACCAGGUGACGCUUCUGCUCUACACGCUGCUGCACCAGAACCCCAACAUGAAGACCUACAUGCUGUCCAGAACCGACAUGGAGAAUCUGGUGAUGCCAAUUCUGGAGAUCCUCUAUCAUGUUGAGGAGAGAAACUCCCACCAUGUUUACAUGGCCCUCAUCAUCCUCCUCAUCCUCACCGAGGACGACACAUUCAACCGCUCCAUACAUGAAGUGAUGCUGAAGAACAUAAGCUGGUACACAGAGCGGGCUUUAACAGAGAUUUCUCUGGGCAGUCUGUUAAUCCUCGUGGUGAUUCGCACCAUCCAGUUCAACAUGACCCGCACCAGGGAUAAGUACCUGCACACAAACUGCUUAGCAGCUCUGGCCAACAUGUCUGCCCAAUUCCGCUGCCUCCACCAGUACGCUGCCCAGCGCAUCAUCAGUCUGUUUGCACUGCUGUCUAAGAAGCACAAUAAGGUGUUGGAGCGAGCCACGCAGUCUCUGCAGAGGCCGCUGGGAGCAGAUGGCACGGCGCUGCCGGAUUAUGGAUGUGUGAUGAUACUAGGUGCAGUCUGGGUGACUCGUUUCUAAGCAGGCAGUCCAGUGGACGGCUCAAACGUAAGCUCUAACGAAGCCAAGGCACAGCAGGAUGAAACAUUAGCUCCCUCAGGGUGGAGAUGGAGAUCUGCACGAGGUUGCAGCGUAUAACUUUCCCCUUGUAAUUCAGACACAUUAGCCGUCUGAUGUAAAGUGGGAAAACUGGGACUUUCCUCAGGUCUGUGUGAGAGACUCGGGGAGAAGGAGUGUGUCAGGUGUGUGAGACUGGGCGUGGAAGGUGUACAACCCAAAGCUAUGCUUAUGAAACAUUCAUAGGAACUGACUGUUAUAUCUGUACUUACCGAGCACUUUUGUUUUUUUCCCUUUGGCGCUGUAUACGUGUCUGACUUAUAGGUUGUUUUGUUGUGUUGUAGGUUAUUUUGUUAUUUACAUUUACCUAGAAAAAUUGUUGUUCAAGUCCAAACCUAGUGUGCCAUAUAUGAAAAUGUUUGAAUGUGAUGGGUUUUUUUUUUGUGUUGUUUUUUUUUUUCCUCUCUCACUUCGUUAUCGUUCCUAUGGGUAACAACUUGUACAGGGACUUGUAAGGGGGGACGCUCCAUAUAAACUGAUUAAAAAUGUGUAGAAUUUUUUGAUAUGGUCAAGCUUUGUGUGAAGAGACAUUUAGUUAGUAUUUAUGGAAGGAGUCUCCAGUGUCAGCGCUUUGUAACAAAAGGUCAGAUGUAAAAUUGCAACUUGCAAAUGGAAAAUUUUCGGACACAAGAAAGUUUUCAGGGAUUUCAGGUUUCUCGGUAACAUGAUGAGCUUUUUUUUUUUUUUUUUUAUAAGUAAAGUUAACGUUAUAACGUAAGUGAACUAACUUGUUUCUUGGAUGUUCCACAACAUUAAACAUAACGAAAAAAGUAUGAUGUUCUUUUAAUGCAUUUUUUUUUUUUUUAUAUCCGUCUUUGUUUAUAAAUAGGAAAUUGUUAGUAGGCAAACUGGUGCAGUAUUAGAGGAAUAAAACACUUCAGAAUGUUUAGGAUUAGGAAAAUAACAGUAACUUCUGCUUCAUCACACCACCUUGUUGUUGAUUAUUUUCCUCCAACAGCACGUCCCCAGACAAAUGUUUUAUUCCUUACAUAUAGAGUCUACAGUUGAGUUAUGAAGAUUAGCUGCUGUUUUUUGCCACUGGGAAUAAAACUAAAGCGUAAUGUGUAUAUUCUGUGGUGGAGUCUGUGCUUUGUUCUUGUUAUGUUUUCACUAUCGAGGCUUGAUGAAGUGUGGGAUUUACGUAACACGGUCUACAUGUUGAACGUUACACACUGUCCCAUUCAUAUUUCAAGGCUUCUCUACUCUAUACCUUCUCUGGUGUCUGUUUAGCAUUUCUCUUCUUUCCAAGUGAAAUGGGAACUGAAUCGAACUCAUUUCCACACACACACACACAUUUGCGUUUGUCCUCUGCCUGUUCUGCAAAUAAAUGCUAAUUUGCUCAUCUUUUUUCUGUUUUUUGUUUUGUUUUGUUUUUUUUUUAGAUAAUGGACCAUUGGAAAACUUUGGUGUUAGCAUUUAUACUUUAAAUAAUUCCAUUCAAUUAGCGUUGUGUAAGAAUUGCUUUAAGGCUCAUGAUCACACAGGGUCCACCCAUGGAUUUGAGGCAUUUCUAAGUGAUAAUUAGCCAUUUAUCAUUUUUACAUAAGCACUUUAUAGCACGUGAUCGGAGUCUCUCGCCAGAGAUGGGUGUACAGCCUAAAUGUCAGGGGAUGGAAUCAAAGCCGGUUAAUUACGGACAGCAGUGUGUAAUUGAGCUACAUGCUGGAGCUGUGCUGAGACGGAAACAUGCCAUAAUCAUUUAGCAUACGUGUGCGUGCAUGUGUGUGCAAGAGAGUUGCAGUUAACACACACAUUAUUACGCUGAUGAUUAACUGCAUUAACUGCAACUAAACACGCACUGUUAUAGUUGUCAGAUUCUCGCGUCCUGCCUCAUUGCCUUACUGAAAUUUUCAUUUUAAUUAAAAUGUAUGUAUUAUGUACAUACUGUAUGCACUGUGAAGGUGUUCCAUCAAUGCGCUCGUUCUAAUACAUUAUAUUUUUUAUAGUAACAACUUACACAGAGACUUGUAUAACAGAUGCUCCAUGUAGACAAAUUAAAAAAUGUAAACACUGAUAUGGUGAAGUUUUCUGUUAGGAAACGUUUAUUUCACAUUUAAGGAAGGAGUCUCCAGUGGUAAGUUUUCCCACAAGGGAACAUCUUCAGGAGUUUGCACUUUGCGGUUUCUCAUUAACAUGACAAGCUGCGUUUUUUUUUUUUGUUGUUGUCUUAACUUCAGGAGAGAGAAAAUAAGAGAAGGUGUUGAUGGAAAGACUGUUUAUACCUGCUAUAAUGUAACUUCGUGGAGGUUCCACAACAUUAAAUGUAACUAUAAACGGAUAAAAACUAUCGCGUCAUUCUUAGUAAAUUAACAUUGUAAAAUUUGUGACGUUGCUGCGGUAUAAGAUGAAUAAAACAAUUCAAGGUGUGUUAUUAUAGGAAACUAAUCAACAAAUGAUUGGUGUGAUGAGAUAUAUAUAUAUAUAUAUUUGUAGAUUUGAGCCCCAGUGUUGAUGGUUUCUGUCUUUCAUUUAAUAAAUAGUGCCUAAAAUACAGAUGAUCUCAGGUUGCCUAAGAAAUAUAAAAUCCAGCUACACAUCAGUGACAGCAAAACAUAAAGGAAGUUUGAGAUGAACUCGUACAUUUUUCUGUCUGGUACACAAUACAAGUUCCAAGUUUAUUAAUAUUCAGUAAUUGAGUCUGAUUGCAAUUUCUCAUGGAAUUUGAUUGCUCUGGUGUCUAGCUAAAGCACAGGAAUGAGAAUGUUGUCAUCAGUUAUUAGCUCAUUAUUAGAACAGUCACACACACACACACACACACACACAUUGAGUAGUAGACAGCUUAUCUACAUGUCUGUGUGCUGUAUAGCUCAUGAGCUGUGUGUCUCUUAUGCAAAUCACUCUGAUUAGACAGGAUGAUGAUAAAGCUCGUGUAAACAGCACCUGAGUCAUCUCCUUGUCUUUGUCUCGUGUCUGCUGUCAGACUCUGAUGUCAUGGGACUAAUCUCCCUGUUCGUGGCAUUGACUUGGCUUAGUGUCCUCAUGAUACUGUUCCUAAAUCAGGUGCUUUGAGACAACACAUGGCGUUCUGCAGAGGUUGGACAUAACGGAGUACACUCGGAGUCACUCAGGAUCUGUACUUGAACUUUUCUCUCACUUCUUCACUUUCACUUCAGUACUCAGUAUAGUCUGCGUAUCUUUUUAAGCUGAAGUCAGAGUUUAAAUCCCGACGAAGCCACAGCUAUCUAUGACCGGGAGUCCAAGCAAAAUUGGCUGUGCUCUUUGCGUGGGAGGGGCAUACUCUCCCUCCCCUGUCAGUCAAAGCGUCACUAGCCAAUCGUGCGCAUCUGUGAGCUCAGGUAUGCAGAAGAGGGCAGCUGGUAGCUGUCAUGGGAAUUGGCAGGUGACCAAAUUAGGGAGAAGAAUGGGGGAAAAUUAAAAAAAAGAAAGAAAUCUCCUCAAAUCUUACUAGAAAAAGUACAAACUGUGGAUGAAAUUGACAUAACUGUUGCUACCCUGAUAGCGUUAAUGGAAACAUGAAUCAUUUUUUUCCCAUCGUGAUACAUUAAUAAUAACGUUGUAAAAGCAGCAUGUGGUCAUACGUGGGGAAAAAUCAUGAAGUUGGCUUUAGAAAUAAAAGAAAAAAAUGUAAAUGCGUCAUGAUUUGAACGAACAGGUUUAUCAUGGCGUUGUGGCCCUCUGAUCGAAUCGUGAGCUCCCUGGAGAUUCCCACUCCUUAAAUAGAUGUUCUAGUUGUUUGUACUCAGAGGCGAAAGAGACAGUCAGAUGAGUCAGAAUGAUUUUUUGUAACACUGUGUACGUCUGCUGGGGGCGUUGGAAUAAAAUCUGCAUUUCUCACACCUAGAGCCAAGCGCGCCGCUCAUCCAAUCAGCCACACAGAUGUCUGGGUCACCCACUUACAUCUGACCUGAAUUCCCCAGAGUGCAUUUGUGUGCAUGUGUGUGUUCUUGUAGGCUAAUCUCAUUAGUCUUGUGCAGAGCCUACUCUUUAAACCAGCUCAGGGCUCUCCUUCCUUCUCCUGUUCUCUCGUUCUCUGGUCUGGUCUAAUUAUCGUGUUCUCUCUGACAUCAUGCCAGCAUCUCUCUCUCCCUCUCUCUCCCUGUCUUUGUCUCUCUCUCCCUGUCUCUCCCCCUCCCCACCCCUCUUCUAUCUGUCUCAUAAUUAAACUGGGUGCCCUGAUUCAUAGUCCUGGCAUUAGCUCAGCAGUCAUAAAUGGCAGACCAGACAGACUCUCGCAUCUCCUUUCCUGGAAAAUCCUCCAUCUCUCUCUUGGACUGGCUCGCUAAUGUAUUUACACUAAUCAACACGACAGCUUGAUGGAAGACUUCACCUGGUCUGAUUACAGAUGAAGCUAACUCUGACUCUUACCCUAUGUUCUCACUAGCAAGCGACCAAGCGACAACCAUUCAUUUUCUAAGUACCGUGUGCCGCAAUUUCAGUGACAUUUGAAUGGAGAUUGUCUGCUCUAUGCAAAUGAGGUAUGACUCUGUAAAGCGCCUAAUCCAAAGUGCCUACGAAAAUGUGUGCUCUGUGAUUCUUGUAAAACCUAAUGAAAUGAAUUGCAAAAACAAAAUGCUGACUUUGCUUCCAUCUACCUCGGUUCUCAAACACUAUUCAAACUGGCCACUCUUUCCAGGACUCCCCUAAUUCACUGUGUUCCCACGUACCCGGCCAGCCUCAUGGGCCAGACUGGACCGGUCUGACCCAGCAGUCUGUUCUGUACCCAGCAUUUAAAGCUUUGAUAAAAUAACCACUGUGAGAACAUUAAUAACACUGGCGACAGUCUCCCGGGCCGUUAAUAUGGCCGCUGCCUGUCUGCAGAUCUGUACAGCCUUCCAGGAGGCAGCCAUGGAGACUGACGGGCAGCAGGAGUUUUCCCCCCAGCAGUUCUUAAUUCAUUAGCACGAGCCCCUUAAGCCGCCCUGGAGCUGCAACAAGACGUCUCCAGGAGUCUGCGGGUUCACGUUCCUGUUGCUCUCACAAUCACGUUUACUG